AUGGCCAACAGUGACACCAUCGCCUACAAUGUCGCCGUCUUCAUCAGCACCUUGUUCCUUCUCGAAUUUGGUGCCGAUAAGUUUGUCGACCAUACCGCCGUCGUCGCCCGUCGGACGGGAAUUCCUGAUACAGUGAUUGCCCUGCUCACUGCUGGUGCAGAGUGGGAAGAGCUCGUUGUCGUUGUUGCUUCACUAGCGCAAGGUCGACCCUCGCUAGCCGUUGGCAAUAUCAUCGGCUCAGCCAUCUCGAAUAUCCUUGGCGCCUUUUCACUCGGACUUUUGUUCCGUCCCAUGGGCUCACACGUUGAGUUUGACAGGAGCUCUAGGAUAUACUCGCUGUGUUUACUAGUUAUCACUACCUUUGCCGCGCCAAUUAUUUACUUCUCCCAGAGGAUCGUCUGGUUGGUAUGUGGUUCUGUCUUGAUUGUGCUCUUCGCCGUGUACCUGUUCUCCAUAGGCUGGGCUAUCAGUCGAGGAAGUCUCACCGGCCCAGAAGGUUCAGAUGACGAUAGUAGCGAUGAUGAAAGCGAUGCAUCGUCGAUAAUCGGUGGCCGAGUCGAUGGCAACCGUUCUGCGGCCGCAUCGACAAAUGUGUCGAGCCAUCGAAGGAGACAUGGCCUCGGCUACCAUGUCGGGUUUCUGGUCCUUGGCUUCUCAGCCAUCUGCCUGUCGGGCUAUGUUCUCUCUCACGCCGCCAUCAACGUCAUAGACGCCAUUGGCAUCUCCGAAGUUCUGUUCGGUAUCGUCAUUCUUGCCAUUGCCACCACCCUGCCUGAGAAAUUCGUGGCUGUCCUGAGUGGGAACCGGGGCCACGUAGGGAUUCUGGUGGCCAAUACUGUCGGGAGUAACGUCUUCCUCCUGUCGCUCUGCUUGGGAAUUGUUAUGGUCGAUACCUCCGGGAACAUUGAUGGGAGUAACGUUAAAGCCCAAGAGUUAUGUGUUCUCUGGGGCUCUACGCUAGCGCUCACAAUAACCGUUUGGUAUGGCGAACGGUUUGAUCGUUGGAUUGGAGGAACCAUGUUAUUUGGUUACAUUGUGUUUAUAGUCCUGGAGCUUACAACCAUUCAUCGUGGGGCAGACUCUCUAUAG